AAAUUCUGAUUGCCGAAUAAAUUGAUUUCUACCAAAUAUGGAGACUUGGACCAAAGUUUAAAAGUAAUUCGGGAAAUUAUCAGAAGGAUUAUACUUUAUCAACAUGGGCGCAAGAAACAGAACCACUCCCCGGCCAUGGACUCCAAUGCCAAAAGUAAAAGAUGUAUAUACAUAUCAGGGAGUUGGACCAACGGCUGAUAUCAACCCAUUGACUCCUCUAAAUGCCCUAAAGCCUGAGAGGAACCUUAAUGGGUGUCAUUUUGUGAACUGUGACAGAGUUGUGUUCAACGAUGAGUGUGUUGAUGCCUGUCCCAAGUUAUAUUCUCCCAUAGAGAAUAACUGUGGUGUCAACAUAUGUCAAAUACAAAUGAGGUACUCCAUAAUCUUUGGAAUGGCCGCUCUGUUGUCCAUGUUCAUUCUCGUAACACUUGUAUGCCUACCACUGGCUAUUAAGCUACAGCGGAGGAAGAACAGAUACGAGAUUUACAAACCUGUGAAUAUUCAUGUAGAGCCAGCAUCUUGUUCAGUCCCAUCUCUCAUGCGACAGCCAAACAGUCCAAUUCACACACUCGUGCCUCAUUUUGGCGAUGACCAAUCAGAUACUGAUCGAUCCACAUCCAUGCUUAUAGAGCCAUCUGUUGAACCUCAGCUAACUACCGCUCAAAAGAUGAUCGACCAGUUUAUGGAUAACUUCCAUGCUGUGGUUCAUGACACGCCACAUAGAAAUUCUAUGCUGCCAACAAACUAUAGCAACAGCAAUUUCACUAUAGGGUUGUUCAAUCACGAAGGAGGCUACCUUGAACUGUCGCAUCUCCAAAUCACCAUGUACAUCCCACCUGGUGCUAUCCCCUUCAAUGAGAAACGCCAAGUAUUCAUGUACGUGUCCUACCACAAUGAGGAUCUCCCUGCACUGAAGGGCAGCAUGAGUCCAAUGGGGCCUGUGAUAUACUGCGGAGAACAUGGGCAGAAGUUCCUUUCUCACGUGAUCAUAACCUACCCUGAAGUUGACAUGAACUGUAUCGAUAGCGAGUUGUGGCAGUAUAGAUUGAUGAGGACUGAUACUAGUCAUAAUUCAGUGUCGAAGUGGAUUGAUGCAACAUCUGAUGUUGACACACAGACAUUUGUGUUAGGCCAACAGCGGGUCCUGUUGGUAGAUCAUUUUACAGGUUACCAGAUCUCUGCGGAAGCUGGUUCCUCUAAAGCCACCAAGCAGAUGAAACUUGGUGUGUUCGGGGACAAACUCUAUGCUGGCGACCCUGUGUAUGACCUGAAGGUGCGCAUCUACAACGACGGCACUCCCCAACAUGAUCUACCACUUGAUGACAUUAGGUGUAUUGAUGUCAUAAACAACAACCAGCCUUUAUGUAUCAAGGUCAAGGACAUAGGGCCAGGCUGGAAAAUGGAUGAAACUGAACAGGAGAUCAGCUUUGAGCACGUCUGGAAGAGCCAGAGUGAGUCCUGCACGUUUCGUUCAUCACAGUAUGGGGGUAGCUCAGUCCCUUUCUACUGCUCUGUUGAGGUGUUUCAAAAACGCACCACAGAGGCCAACUCUAAACGCCUCCUCAGACCCAUGGCUAAAGUCUCUGAGAAGAUACUUGAGGUUAAUCAUGUUCCAGUUCAGCACAACCAGCUGACUGAGCCAAAGACCCCAGAGGCAGCGUUCUAUGAGCUUGAACUGUCACCUGCUACGAGGCAAGACACGGGGCUCCCUUUGGUGAUGCAGCAGCGUCUCGCUGUCACGCUCGAUCCCACCCACCCAGAGGGAAAGGACUGGACUCUCCUUGCUGAAAAAAUCGGGUUAUCGCAUGACAUCAUCAGGUGGAUAAAUGAGCGUAAAAAAUCGCCUACCAUGUGUGUGCUGGAUAUUGCAGCUGCUAUGUAUAAGGGCCGGGUACAGAGAUUCCUGAGUCAAUCAUUUAGCGUUAUGGGACAUGAGGUUUGUGGUCAGAUAGUCGAGGAAUGCAGCACUCAAAAUAGAUGGAGCAUCAGCUCAAACGGGCAAGGGGGUCUCUCCAGAGACAGCACAACAAGUGAUGUCACAACCAAGCUAUUCCAGAUGAAAAUGGAGCAAAAGUCACGUCAGAGUAACCCGCAAGUGAAAUCAUUCGCAUCUGAGAGUGGAUACUCUAGCCAGAGUCAGUAUUCGAAGUUCUCGAGCCAACCGAACAUUCAGAGCCCUGUCUCUAGGAUAGAUGUGACACAGGCCUCUUGGGGUGACGUCUCUAAUGAAGGCCUCGAUUAUGACAAUGUAUUAUCGCCAACAGAUCAACCACCAAGGCAUGUGAUGAGCCAAUCAGUGCCUUGUAUACCUGGGUUUGGUGUCCAGGCCACAAUGAAUAUACCUCCCCGCGAUGCGACGACUCUCUCAUCUGUCUCAGAAACUGAUUCACAGCAAACGGUGCUAGCAACCUGCUCAGAGAAUACAUUACUGGGUGACAAUAGAGACACUAAGUCCCUUCCAAGGACCCCUAGUCCAAAAAUUCUGGAGCGGACCACAGAACGUAACUGUGCCAGCCCAGUUAUGAAUGCUUACCCAACACACUCAGACGGGGACCUCACAUUUAGCACAUUUAGGCGAAACAGGCCAAAAAAACUGAACUUAGAAAAGUCAAGGCCGAACAGUGUGGACAGUGGGACUUGGCUGUCACCCUGUCAUGUACACCUGUCUCCAGGACAUGUUUGUGCAAUGGACCCUACUAUACAACAGGGGGACGACAGUCAUGGUUCUAUCCAGUUGCUAAGCGACCAUGGGGACUCGUCAUUUAGGAUUGUUACUCCAAAUGUGAAGGACUUACCUUGAGAGAGGAAUCGGUUGAUUCUUGUUGAAAAUGACCAAACUCAAUUUUUGAUCUCAAGAUAUGAGAUCUCAGAAUUGAAUGUAUGUUUUUAUUAAUUCUCAUUUCAAGAAGGUUUUUAUGGUUUACAAACAUCCAAGCCAUUUGUAGAUCAGUUUAAAU